UUGCUAGGCAACCGCUGUCCGUUUGGGUCAAGCUAACCUGUAGAGGGGAACAGAUAGAAGUCUCUGCUAACUCUGUGAAACACGCACAAAAACAAAGAUGUCGUCCAGGUCCCGCUCGGUUAAAGCUCCGCUGCAAGACCAGAUAACGGAGAUGAAGCGUAAAAUCCAACUACUGGAGAGCGAAAGAGCAGCGUUCCAUGAGAGCUCCCAGGCCACCAUCCAGAAGAACAGAGAAACCAUCCAGCAGCUGAGGCAGGAGAACAAGAGGCUGUGCAGAGAACAGGCUGAGGCUAAUGCUUCUUGUUCCCUUUGGUGUCUCUCCUCCCAGGGUUAUGAAGUGGCCUUUCAUAACAGAGGCUUGGAGAAGGGAAUGCCAGGGAAGGCAUCCCUGACUAUGCUAGAACGAAGUGUGCUGUCUAAGAAGAAGAAAUUCAAUGCCCUAAAACACAUCACCCAGACCAAACAGCGCCGCCUGGAAGAGCUGAAGCUGGAGUACCAGAGGCUGAAACCAGAGGGCAGCAGUGGAGCACAGUAUGCCGAUGCUCGCACCUUGAAAAAAGAGGAAGAUGCCAUGACACUGCGGGUGCUGGAGAACAGGCUGGAGAAGACCCAGUUUAAGUGCAAGGAAGCUGAGAACAUCAUGAUUAACUAUCAGAAAGUCAAAAGUCACCUGCAGGAGGAGAGUCUGACCUACGAGGGUCUGUUGGACAGUUUGGAGGCAGAAAUCCUGAAGGCCAGACAGGAGCGCCAAAACAUGCAGGCCACGUACGACGCCGCCCAGCUAUCUAAAGAAACUGCUAAGGCUGAGUUACAGCAACUGGAAGAACAGCUCUACAAGGAGCGCAAGGAGAGAGAGCGCAUUAUAGCCAUCCACAGGAGAGAGGUGGAGGAACGCAAGGCCCAGGCUGAAAAAGUUGAUCGAAGGGCUCAGAGGACAGCUAUGCAGCCAGAUGAGCUGAGCAGUGAGGCCCAGCGCAGCACCUCCAGGAUGGCAGGUGAAGAGGAGAAAGCCAUUUACACUUUCGAGGAGGCCUUCCGACGCAUCAAGGAGGCCACAGGAGUCACAGAUAUACAGGAGAUAGCGGAGCGCUUUACGUCGCAGAAGGACAGACACCAACACCUGGAGAGGCUGAGGGCGGAGAACGAGAAGGAGCUAGAACAGCUGAAGGAGCAGAAGGAGCUCCUGAGCCAACAGCUCCAGGAUAUGAAAUAUUCGGGGGAAGCUAAACUAUCCAGAGACCGACAAGCGCUGGAGGAGAGUGAGCAGCAGCUGCAGGUUCAGCAGCAGAGGUGUGACGCCGCUAGAGAGCGCCACGAUUGGCUUAUUAAAAUCCUCAGUACCGUCCGAGCCGGGGUGGAGCACCUCGCCGACAAACUUCAACACAUCAUACUGAGUGAGGAGGACACAGUGGCUGAGGUGUCUCCAGACGCCGAUGAGUACUUGCUGGAGCUGAUGACUCAGUGCGAGCUGAAGUUGCAGACGCUGCACGAGAAAGUGCGGGGAAAGGAUCUGACGGCGCUCAUGAAAGAGAUGGAGGAGGAGGAUUUCUUUGUCAGGAUUGAGGGGAAACUGCCGGCUUCCAACACCCGUGUCACGCUGCCCGAGGACCAAAGACCAGACUCCUUCAAUGACGAGGAGGAGAGCGAAGAGGACGAGGUUGACUUCCUCUCACGGGAAGCACUGAAGCGUCAGUCUCAGCUGAUCAUUGACUCCAAGUCCAAGAGGAAGAACUGGAAGAAGAAGGGCAAGUUCUGAUCCGACAGCCUCCACAGUCUCAAGACUUGAUAAAUGAUCUGAAUUAAAAGCUGAUUGGAGUGUCGAAGGAGCUUACUAAAAUAUAUUUUCAGACAUGUUGAAAGAUGUUGAAUAUUUAUGACUAGAUGUACUUGUGCUUUCACUGGUUUCUUGUUGUCUGGGUGUCACUGUUACACCAUCUCUUUUUUCACAGUUAAGAUUCCUCCCUUGGCCUCAUAGAAACCAAUAAACAAUCAAACUUACACUUUUU